AGGAGCUGCUGCAGCCCGCGCUGCGCUGCAAACGCUGAUACGAAAAGACAGAAGGCAUCGAGGCGGCCCCGGCUGCUGGCUCGUCCUUGGCUUUGUCGCUGCGUACUGCACAAGCCCGAGGAGCCGGGAGAAGGAAGCGGCCGAGGAGGAGGAGGCGGUGGAGGGGGGAGCGGAGGAAAGGAAGCGAGGAAGCGAAGCCAAAGUUUAUUUGGAAUAAGGGAGCGCAGCCAGUCCUCUCCCAGGCUGCGCGCUGGAGUGAGGUCUCCAGCCCCUGCGCCGGCGGAGGUGCCCGCAAGCCCGCGAUGGCCGGAGAGCUCAGUAUCGGAGCCGAGUUGCCCACUAGUCCCCUGGCCAUGGAGUAUGUCAACGACUUCGACCUGAUGAAGUUCGACGUGAAGAAGGAGCCCCUGGGCAGGAAUGACCGCUCCGGGAGGCACUGCACCCGCCUGCAGCCCGCCGGCUCCGUCUCCUCCACCCCCAUCAGCACCCCCUGCAGCUCCGUGCCCUCCUCGCCCAGCUUCAGCCCCACUGAGCAGAAGACCCACUUGGAGGACCUGUACUGGAUGGCCAAUAGCUAUCAGCAGAUGAACCCCGAGGCGCUGAACCUCACCCCAGAAGAUGCCGUUGAAGCUCUCAUUGGGUCCCACCAGGUGUCCCAGCAGCUGCAAGGCUUUGAGAGCUUCCGGGCCCACCACCACCACCACCACCACCAUCACCAACACCACCACCAGUAUCCCGCAGUCACCCACGAAGACCUGGCCGGCAGCGGGCACCCUCAUCACCACCACCACCAUCACCACCAGGCCUCUCCCACUCCCUCCACCUCCUCCAGCUCCUCCCAGCAGCUCCAGAACUCACACCAGCAGCAUCCCCCCUCCAGCAGUGUGGAGGACCGGUUCUCAGACGACCAGCUGGUCUCCAUGUCCGUGAGGGAGCUCAACAGGCAUCUCCGAGGCUUCACCAAAGACGAGGUGAUCCGCCUCAAGCAGAAGAGGAGGACCUUGAAGAACAGGGGCUAUGCCCAGUCCUGCAGGUAUAAACGUGUCCAGCAGAAACACCACCUGGAGAAUGAAAAGACCCAGCUAAUUCAGCAGGUGGAACAGCUCAAGCAAGAAGUGACCCGGCUCGCCAGAGAGAGAGAUGCCUACAAGCUCAAGUGUGAGAAACUUGCCAGCAAUGGCUUCAGAGAGGCCGGCUCCACCAGUGACAACCCGUCUUCCCCCGAGUUCUUCAUGUGAGUGCUUAACAAAUAUAAUAAAAAAAGCAAAACAAACAAAAAAACCCGACCCCAUCACCUUCCCCCUUCCCCUCCCCCCGCUCCCAUCCUCCUCUGACAUCUCCAUCCAUCUGUCUGCUUGACUAGCGAGAAAGAAGGAGAGAAAAAAAAAUAGAGACUUGACUUUUGCAGCAUCCAGUCUCCUAGAUUAGCUGUGGGAAAAGUAAGAUGGGGGUGGGGACGGGAGAGGUAACGUGCAACUUUUUUGACUUUCGUUUGUGCUUGAGAGAGAGGGACAGAGGCAGAGGCAAAGGAGAAAAGGACAAGCGAAGCGUUUUAUAGAUCGCUUGCUCCCUGAAUGAGAUGGACUUUAAGAGAAUAAUAAUAAAAAAAGGACGAUGAACAAGCCAUCUAUAACAUACUGCCUGCUUGGAAAGAGAGGACAUGACAGCAGCAUCUCAUGCACAAUUUACCUGCUUGGAAAAAAAAAGAGAAUAAAUAAAAGGGACAAUAUAUGCAAACUCUUCAUAUAUUGCCUGCUUUGAGAAAUAAGUUACAGGACUCAGAUGGGACAUUCAAUCCAAGAAAGAAAAGAAAGGAAGAAAAAAAAAACUCAUCAGUUUUAUUGCCUGCUUGAUUAUAUAGAAAAAUACGAAAAUCUGCAUUAAAAAUAUUAAUCCUGCAUGCUGGACAUGUAUGGUAAUAAUUUCUAUUUUGUACCAUUUUCUUGUUUAACUUUAGCAUGUUGAUCAUCGAUCAUAGCUUUCUGUUGUUUUGUUUCAUCAAUAAGAAAAGCAUUACGAGUUAUCAAAACUUUUUACUGCUUGUGCAGUUUUGUUCGUUGGUUUUGCUCUCUUAUUUUCUUUUAUGAUUGUUAGCUUGUAAAUAUCUGCGACUUCAAACCGCACAGGAAAAGAAAAAAAAAAACAAAAAACAAAACAUUUCAGCAGGCUGGUUAUACGGUUUGUUUGGUAUUAAAGAGACACUUAAACUUA